UGCUGAGCCUCUUCACUCACCACAAGCAUAUACCCAAGCACCAACACCAUGCCAUCGAUAUCCCUCGCUCCUCCCAAUCUACCGCUACCGUCGGUACUGCUGCAGCAGGUCAGAUCUUCAUGCGCCGAGGCCGCCAAAGCAGCGGGCAUCCGAAUCGACGAAACCCGCCUCACGGCCCUCCUCGCCUCCUCCUCCCCUCUUCCCCCAGCCACCUCUAAGGACUACUCCCUUGCCUUUCCCCUCAAGUGGGACUCCACAUCACACGAAGUCAACUUCCUCUCCCUACUCGCAAUCCUGUCCGUCCUCUCCCCUAGUGAAUCUCUUCUACGGCAGCUGCCCAACACACCGAGCCCUUCGUCCCUCCCGCGGCACCUCCUACUGGGGCUCUACCUCUCCGCACCGCCUUCCAAUCACGCAAGCGCUCCCUCCCCGCUAUCCUCAGCGCACAUAGCCGGUCUGAAGGACGGAGAGGUGGCAGACAUUGUAGGCUUGAAGAUUCACCAGGAGAAGAGGGUGGAGCAUAUACCCGUGGCGACGCUGGCCGAGAGGGGUGGACCCGGCAGUGAGAUUGUCAGUCGGAUGAGGGAGACACUCAAUCGAGUCGGGGACCGCUGCGUGGAGAAUCGGUACGUCGAUCUGGGAGCGUUCGUUGCUGAGACUCUGGGACAAUGUAAGAGCAUUGCCGCUGGCAAAGGCGAAGAGGAAGCUGUCGGGCACUUUGUCAAUCGGCUGGUCUCCUUCCUCCCAAUCGACACGACCGACUCCUACACCCUCUCGGAAGACGUCCAAGUGCACAUCUACAGCAAUGCGCUAUUCCUCCUCCUCUCCCUCACGCUCCGCUUCGGCCCCUCCUCCACCCCCUCAUCCUCCUCUGCCCUCCCCUGGUUGCCCUCUCCCUCCAUCUUCCCUCUUCUGGCGGACGGUCAUCUGCCCCUUCUACUAGCACGUAGAGGCAUCCUGGACCUCAGCGAGUGUGCAGAUCGCAAGUUGCGCGCCUGGGGGGAAUGGGCCUCGGCUCCUGACCUGGAUCCAAACAGAUCGACUCAAGAGCCCUCUCUGACUUCGGACCAGGCGCACCUACUGCGAGCCGCCUCGAUUCACGCAGGCGAGCUUCUCCGGUCUAAGCUCGCAGAAUCAGGGAGAGGGGCAGGUGAAGAGGGAGCGAGAGCAAUUGUGUUGGACUUUGAUGCUUUCCUGCGUAGGCAAGGAGCAGGCGCAGGUGAAGGGAGGGGUCUCCUCGUAGAGGAGCGGGAGAUUGAAAAGUGCGGAAAGUGGUAGAUGUCACCAAAGGUGAAAUGAACGCAGUGUUGCAAUGGAAAACCCAAGUGAU